AUUAGGAUCUAUUCUAAUUAUAAGCCCAAACAAAACCUAACGCCUUGAAGGCCCCAUUCUCCGAAAUCCUCCUAAUAAAUUAAAUCGAUUCCAACUUUCCACUUUCAUUUUCCUCUUUCAAUUCUCUGCGCACCCCUCUCAGAUCUUCCAAUCUCUCACCAUCCAGAAUAAAAGGAUGGGGCUUUCUUUUGCUAAGUUGUUCAGUCGCCUGUUUGCCAAGAAGGAAAUGCGUAUUCUGAUGGUGGGUCUUGAUGCUGCUGGUAAGACUACCAUAUUAUACAAGUUGAAGCUCGGAGAGAUUGUCACCACGAUUCCCACUAUUGGGUUUAAUGUGGAAACUGUGGAAUAUAAGAACAUUAGCUUCACCGUUUGGGAUGUUGGAGGUCAGGACAAGAUUCGACCUUUGUGGAGGCACUACUUCCAAAAUACUCAGGGGCUAAUCUUUGUUGUGGAUAGCAAUGAUCGUGAUCGUGUUGUUGAGGCCAGGGAUGAGCUUCACCGUAUGCUAAAUGAGGAUGAGCUGAGGGAUGCUGUGCUGCUUGUAUUUGCAAACAAGCAAGAUUUACCAAAUGCUAUGAAUGCUGCUGAGAUCACUGAUAAACUUGGUCUUCAUUCCCUCCGUCAGCGCCACUGGUAUAUUCAGAGUACAUGCGCUACCUCUGGUGAAGGGUUGUAUGAGGGUCUGGACUGGCUCUCCAACAACAUAGCUAACAAGGCUUGAGGUGGUUGGUAGAAGGUCGGUGACAUUUACAUUUGGGGUAGCAAUCUUUGUGGAAUUCGGAUAUGUAUAUCUCUAUUUUAUGAUAUGUUGCGUUAUUGGGGUUUUGUUUUUUUGCUUUUGCUCGACAACUUUUAAAUGAAAUGGAUGAGCUUGUGUUUAGAUAUGCUUUGUAGAUGGAAUUCAUUGUUCAGAGUUAAUUAACGAAUUCAUUGUUGACAUUUCAUAGUAA